AUGAAUCUUGUUAAAUUAUUUAGAUAUCAAAAAAUAUAUUCUUCUAUUCCUAGAAGGGGAAUUGACGAGUUGUGGAAGGGUGGUUAUCUCGACCCAGAAACUCCAUUUAGCCAGAAAGAGAAACUUUCUACCACUGGUUACCCUUGGCCUUCCUACCUUCUAAGGCAAAAAAGUUUCGAGGAUUUAAGGAGCCUUUACUUUUCAUGUUUAAAGGAGAAGAAUCUUCUUCUAGGUGAAAGAUGGGCUGCACUUCAGAACCAUGUUAAGCCACCAAAACACGGAAGGCUCAAGAAGGUUAAACUUACCAUGAAACGUAUACUUGGUGUUAUAACUAGGAGAGAGAUACACCAACAGUGUUUACGAGCCAAACAAAUUCUGAAAUCUCAGGAAGAAAAGGAAGUUCUAGAGACUAGGCUGUUCAAGCUAAAGGAGCUUUUAAAUGAACUUAAUUUCAAAAUUAAGAGAUCAAAAUCGCAUGACUCAUUGUCUAAAACAGGAUGGCUUAAAACUGUUUCUAAGAUUGAGAGUGAAAUGGAGGAAAUUGAACUGAAGCUCCAACCCCUGAGAAAAGAAACUCUGCAACUCAGGGUUCCAAACUGGCGUUACGAGAGGAAAUACUCAGACCUUCCAGGGAGAAUCACCUGGAAUAAGGACUACAUACCUGCGCUGAAGAGCGCAUUGCGCAGGCCAUUUAAGUUUUAUUAA